CCACCAAUUGGCUAUUCCGGCAGUUCGUUUUUUUUUAAUUCGUUCAGUGAAGCAGUGGUUGAACGAACUAGGUAGAUCAUGCUUUUUGGAGAAGCAAAAAACUAUAAAUUAUAUUAUUACAUGAUAAAAAGAAAAAACUAAAAGAGAACCAUACUUCAGUUUUUGGAGAGGUUUCAGAACUUCGGCUUCAGUUCAGCUUCAGCGUUCAGCCUUCAGUCGAACGAUGGCCGUGGCCGAGGAGGUCGAAACACUGUCUGAAGAGCUGAAACGAUGCGCCAUCCACAAUUACAUCUCGGAAGAAAGCAAGAUCGGACUUACGAACAGGCUGAAAGACAGCUUGCAGCAGGGCGGAUCCAGCAACAGGGAUGAAACAACAACAGUUCGUAAGAUUGGUUCAUUUUACAAGAAAACGCUCGAGGACGUUAUUACCAAGUCGAACACCCCGUCCGACCUCCAUUUGAUCACAAGCUUAAUGGACGAGUCGUCGGCGGCUGUUCAGAGGCAGAUGGAAGACUUCAACCCUUCGUCAGCCGAGUGGAACAUUUUCUUCAAAGGCGACGGCAACAGCGUCGAAAGCUGGUGCCAAGGCGGGUUUGACGAGUUGGUGAAACUUUCGAGGCAGGCCGUCAUUUUAGAUUACAGCGCGUUCAUGAAUUACGACCUUCUAAACGAGCCAGAACCCAAGGCAAGGAAGGAGAGGGUGAACAGGGCGAUGACGCAGAGCCAGCAGGCAGUGAAGAAGCCGAAGGAGAUGACAACACCGGCGGAGGACAGCCGCCUAGAGAUGAAUAUGAAGGCCGCUUUGAAUGUACUUAUCACUCUCACAAAAAAUAAAAAAUGGCUACCUUAUUUCGAGUUUGUUUUAAAUCCUUCGUCUUUCGUCCAGACGACUUACAACAUGUACAUAGUUGCAUUCCUAGUGAGCGAACAUUAUGCCAAACUCGGCGUUGGCGCAAAUGAGGAACUGUUCAUAGCACCAAUAAGGGGAAACAUGAAUGAGACGAAUAGGGCGGAGUCGAUCAAAUCGGAUCGGAUGCAUACAGUGAUUGGACUUUCUCCGCCCGAGUGGACCUUGCUCGUCAAGAGGCUCGGAAUAAAAAAAAAUCUGCUGCCAGAGUUCUGCCCGAAACAAAGCGAACUCGACAACGAGGACUUGGAGCGUUUCUCACAGGGGAUCCAAUUCCUUAAACCGUAACAAUUUUAAUUCAUCCCUAAUUUAUUUAUUUAUUGUUUAUUGUAUUUUUAGAAAUUACCAGAGAAAAAGCGAAGAGAGAAAAAAAGGC